UUUUUUAAAUUGUGCCUGUGUGCUGCCUAGGGUUGUUGUGUGAAUUAUAUGACGAUAUUUUUACAGGCGAAGCACGUCGCAGAGUGUUUGUAACUGAGUACGUGCAUUCUAAGUUUUAGCUAUCACUAUUAUCACUUUUAAGUAAUCACUUGGCAUCUCUUAGGGGAGCAGGUGCUAUUUCUUAUGAAGACCCAUACAGUGGGGAAUUCCCAGAAUAUAGGCAGGGUGGGGGGCUCACGGGACAGGUGUCUACCGCAGUAAUGCCCUUGCCUUCUCUACCACUCAAAUGGAUUUUAUUUUGAGCCCCUAUCUCCCUGUGAAACUGCAGUCAACCUGGGGACACUUUGACCUGUGGCCCAGGAUUGUAUUAGGAUUCCAGGGGGCUAUGUGGAAGCCAGACGUCUGGAGCUUCUUGGACACUGAGUCCCCAUCCACACAGGUAUCACUGGUCCCGGGUUCCCAGGCCUUGUAGGUCCCAUGGAGGCAUGUCUCACUCCUAGCUUCUCGGGCCCCUCCAAGCCCAGAGACCCCCAUGGCUACCUCUGGCCAUUCCAUGGGAGUGUGGAAUACAGCGGUACUCUACCAUUUUUCUGCCAUAAAGGACCCUGGGAGUCUCUGCGAGGCAAGCUAGGGGAUCUGUUGUGCCUGAAAGUUUCACAUUAGAUUCCAUCUGGGGGUCCUGAUGCCUUUCCAGAGCUCUGCCUAGCAAGCCGGCACAGAAGCCUCUCUUUGGGUCCCCCAGACUCAUUUGGGGUUUGCCAUCUGCCUUGACUCUGGUUAGAUGGUUAACUUCCUAUAGGGGUAAAAGAGGACCCUAAGGGGUCCAGAAGCAGCAGGUACAAAAAGUAGCUGGUGUCUCUGGGCUGCGGGAGAGUGGACAAGAACUACAGACCUGGAAGAGCCCCCACUGUGCCCCAAGGCUGAGAUUCAGACUUUUUUUUUGAAGUGGGCAGAGCAACUGCACGAGCAUGCAGCCCCAGCCCCUGGUAGUGAAGAAACUUGUUGCAGGUGAGGGCUGCUGGCUGCUGUUGCUGGAGGGGCUGAGGCCCAGAGCUGCUCUCUAGGCCUGGCGGCCUGAUGUGCAACCAGAGCUGGCCUGUAAAGCUGCUGGCUGGGAGGGGAGAGCAGCCUGAGGGUGUGGCUGGAGGGACUGUAUAAGUGGCCGCUGUGUGGGGAGAGUGUUGGAGGGUAGCCUGAGGUAGCGGCCAGAGUUAUUCUGGAAAUGGCUGUGAGUAGGGGGAGCGUGGCCUGAGAGUGUUGCCAGACUCCUGCUCUGGGUGAAAAAGGAGAACUGAACCCCAGGAGGGAAGCAUUUUCCUGCCUCUGUAGCUGUGUGCUGUCAAUCCAGUGCCCUCUGUUGUCAAAGCUGGCAAAGGAGCAGCAUUUAUAGGGUCCGGCUCCGGUAUCACAAGCGUGGCAAAGAAGCAUGGAUUUGGAGCUGUCAAUCAAUUGACAAUAGAGCAGGAAGAAAGGCAUGGCAGACUGGGAGGAGAGAUCUGGGAGAGUUUGGAGAAAUGAGAGGAGAUGUGAUGUGUGAAGCAAGUGGAUUGUGGAAGAAAGGAGAAUUUUCAGAAAUAUUUCUGUGGAACGUGCAUCUCCUUUUUUGUGUUCAAGGAAUGUAAAUAAGGGCUCUGAGUUACUCUGGAAUUCCUUCUGGUUGACAGAUAGCAUUACUGUAACCACACGCUAUUUUGACACUAGACCACUUGGCUCCAGGGAUUCUAAAUGGGUUUCAACAGUUGUCUCUUGGCCUGAAGCUAUAUAUAAGGCAGGGGUUUACUCUGAAGGUUUUCUUUUUAGGUUCCACAGGGAUCUUAUUUUAUAUUAUGGAUCCUUGUCUUUCUAUGCAUUGGACCUGGAAUUUGGAAGUCCAGGUUUUAGUUCUGAGUCUAAAGCUUCAUCACAGCUGUGUGGUGCUUGGCAAAUCACUUCCCUUUUCUGAGUCCCAGUCUUUUUAUCUGACAAAGUGAGAAUCAAAAGCAUGCCCGUCCAAGCUCUCAGGAGGGUUUUGAUGGCAGAGUGAGGUCAUGGGUGUAAAACUGCUGUGGCAAAAGACAAACUUGUGUUCACUUAUGUGGAGCUGUCUGGACCCACACAGCUGGUUUAUCAAUAAGAAUUUUAUUUUUUCUUGUAAAUAACAGAAAAUCUCGCUAUCAUGGCUUAAUAAGGAUUUAUUUCUUUCAUAUAUCAAUAAUUCUAGAGUUUGUUAUCUAUGGGUGAUGGUAAAGCUGCUCAAUGAUGUAAAGCCCAAAAUAAAAUCUCUGUGAUUUUUUUGGCCUUCUCUUGGUUACAGGAUGACUGCUGCGACUCCAGCCAUCACAACCACAUCUCAAGCUGGAAGAAGGUAUAGGGGCUGUUCCUUUUUUAGGAGUCUCUGGGUGGUGCAAAUGACUGAUGUGCUUGGUUGCUGAGAGGUUGGCGUUUCAGAAGAAAGGCUCGGCUGUCUACUUCCGAAAAAUCAGCCCCUGAAAACUCUGGAGCACAGUUGUCCUCUGGCACACAUGGGGCUGCCACGAGUCAGAGUCAGCUUGAAGGCAACAGUGACGCAGAGCCGAGGAGUCAUGGAGAGCCUGCAGAGGUUUUCCUCGCUCCCCGCUUAUCUCCCCGCCAGCUUCCACAUUGAGAGUGCACAGGAGUUCUUCUUCCUGAAAGAGGCCAACCAGGACCUCACCAGGAACUCCAGUCUGCAGGCCCGGGCCGAGCCCUUCUUCAUCUACCGCACCAGGAGGCCCCCUCUUGUCAACGCCAGCUACGGCCCCUUUGCAGUGGAGAAGACGAUCCCCCAGGAGCUCAUGUUGACGGCCACACCCUUUGGAAACUUGGAGAACUUUCCCUUCAACUGGAAGCUGAAAUCUCACAUCCUUGACAGCUCCAUCUACUCCAACAGACCCAAAGUGCAGACCCUGUUUUACAUCGCCGGGAUGGACUGGGAGGCCAGCGACCUUGCUGGUGGCCUGCCCUGCGUCAAGAUGUUUGCUUUUCCCGAGGCCAGGGAAGUGGCGGCCAGCUGCCGGCUGCAGGGGGCCCCAGGGCUCUGCGUGGCCGAGCUGGAGCUGCUGCCCGAGUGGUUCAGCUCUGGUCUGGACCUGGAGCCGGAGGAGGAGAUCCCGGCCCUGCUGGGUGGCACCGCCAUGGAGCUUUUCUUCACACUCUACCCGGCUGAUGAGGAUGGGGACUGCCCCCUGGAGGAGGAUGGCAAAUGGGAGAACAACAUCCACUCGGGCCAGGGGGGCCCCCAGCUGCCACUCCCCACCCGGGAGAGGAUUGGGAGCGUCGUGGUCUACCCAACCCAAGACGACCUGCGGUGGUCACUGGUGAACCUGGACGAAAAUGUAGUCAUCUCGGUGCCUCUGAACCUCAUCCGCGAAGGGGACACGGCCACCUUCCUGGUCUCUCUGACCAGUGGCUCUGUGGCAGACCACUUCACUCUCAGAAUUAAGGCUGCAGCAGGAGUGAAGAUAACAGCGGUGAGAGUCAGCAGUGAGGACCAGUGGGCCGUCCAGGAGGACAUAGAAAACAGCAGUGAACAGACCACGGCCACCCUCACCUGCGUGGGCCACCACUCGGACACGCAGAGCAGGGCCAAUGGCUCCUUCUAUGAGAUCUUGCAAGUGGACUUCGGAGUUGCCAACAGCAGUGGCCUGGCUGGGGCCCAGCAGAUCACCUGGCAGGUGGAGUACCCGGUGGAGGACUCCACAAGUGAGCUGGUUGUCUCUGAAAUCUUCAUCAGCCAGACCACCUUUGUGGGCAUUGUCCCGCUCGCAAUGGACACGGAGGUUUUGAACACGGCAAUUCUCACUGGAAAGGCAGUGUCAGUUCCUGUCAGAGUCGUGGGUGUUCAAGAGGAUGGUUCUGUGGUCGACGUGUCGGACUCUGUGGAAUGCAAGUCGGCUGACGAAGAUGUCGUCAAGGUUUCCAACAACUGUGAUUCCAUUUUUGUGAAUGGGAAGGAGAUGAAGAGCAGAGUGGACACGAUUGUGAACUUCACCCACCAGCACUUCACGUCCCAGUUAGAAGUCACUGUCUGGGUACCCAGGCUCCCUCUGCAGAUUGAGAUCUCAGACACGGAGCUGAGCCAGAUCAAGGGCUGGAGGAUCCCAGUGGCCCCCAACAGAAGGCCCACCCGGGAGAGUGACGAUGAAGAAGAUGAGGAGAAGAAAGGCAGAGGGUGCUCCCUGCAGUACCAGCACGCCAUGGCCCGGGUCCUGACCCAGUUUGUGGCAGAGUUGCCGGAGUUGGGUCAGCUGACCUAUAUGCUGGGCCCUGACUGGCAGUUUGACAUCACAGACCUUGUGACUGAUUUCAUGAAGGUGGAAGAGCCGAAAAUUGCAAAGUUACAGGAUGGUAGGACCCUGGUUGGUCGGGAGCCAGGAAUAACCACUGUGCAGGUCCUCUCGCCUCUCUCUGACUCCAUCCUGGCUGAGAAGACAGUGAUUGUCCUGGAUGACCGUGUCACCAUCGCGGACCUGGGCGUGCAGCUGGUGGCUGGCCUUUCUCUCUCCCUGCAGCCUCACAGAGCAGACAGAAGAGCCAUCGUCUCAACAGUGGCUGCCCAGGAUGUUCUUCAAGCCCCACAGCAGGAAGCAAUAGUCAGUUCUUGGAUUUUAUUCAGUGAUGGUUCGGUGACACCUUUAGACAUUUAUGAUUCCAAGGAUUUUUCAGUUACUGUCUCAUCAUUGGAUGAAAUGGUGGUGUCUGUCCAGCCAACCCUUCAGUCCAAAUGGCCAGUUGUAGUUGCAGAGGGUGAAGGCCAAGGGCCCUUGAUUAAGUUAGAAAUGAUGAUAAGUGAACCUUGUCAGAAGACCAAGAGAAAGAGUGUUCUCGCCGUGGGUAAAGGAAAUGUCAAGGUCAAAUUUGAACCAAAUAUUGAUGAACACCAAGGAGGCACCAAUGAUAUUGAGGGCAUAAAUCGGGAAUAUAAAGGCCAUCUCAGUAAUUCCAUAGAGCGUGAAGGAAACCAGGAGAGAGCAGUUCAGGAGUGGUUCCAACAUGGUGCAUCUGUUGGCCAAGAGGAAGGCACCAACAAGAGCACAACCCCACAGUCUCCCGUGGGUGGAAAGGAUAAGUUACGCAAGAGUGGUGGUCUAGAUGCCUUCACCAGCUUCCCCACUCAGGGGAAGUUACCAGAACCCAACAAUCCCAGUGACCUUACAGUGACCUCAAGGGGGCUAACUGACCUGGAGAUUGGCAUGUACGCCCUGCUCUGUGUCUUCUGUCUGGCCAUUUUGGUCUUCUUAAUCAACUGUGUGGCGUUUGCUUGGAAAUACAGACACAAAAGGUUUGCUGUGAGCGAGCAAGGCAACAUCCCCCACUCCCACGACUGGGUCUGGCUUGGGAAUGAAGUAGAACUUUUGGAGAACCCCGUUGACAUCACACUCCCAUCGGAGGAGUGCACGACCAUGAUAGACAGGGGGCUGCAGUUCGAGGAGAGGAACUUCCUUCUGAACGGCAGUUCCCAGAAGACUUUCCAUAGCCAACUACUCAGACCUUCUGACUAUGUGUAUGAGAAGGAAAUGAAAAAUGAAACUCUCAAUCCUUCGGGCCCAAAGAGGAAGAGAGUCAAGUUUACUUCCUACACCACCAUUCUCCCGGAGGAUGGCGGCCCGUACACCAACUCCAUCCUUUUUGACAGUGAUGACAACAUUAAGUGGGUCUGCCAAGAUAUGGGGCUGGGGGACUCCCAGGACUUUAGAGACUACAUGGAAAGACUGCAAGACCAGAUGUAAACUCCUUUCUUAUGUUUGUAUUCACCUUUAUGCCUUCUGUUUCCUGAGUGGUGGAGCAGUGAAUGUCAUCAGCAAUAGGGGAUGAUUUAACAAAGCUUCAUUUGUGGCGGUCUGGUGAGGUCAGGAGAGCUAACACAUCUGGGUUAUAAGUUGGGAAAUGCCUGUAAAAGAGCCCACCUGUAGGUACUGGGGAAAUUCUAAGACAGCUGUUUUCUAUCCUGCCUGGUACUAGCUAAGUGCAAAUAUAAUAAUAAACCUGACCCCACAGACAAACAGACAUUGUUAGUCAUCUCAUGACAAACAGCCGUUUAGAAUUAGAAAAGAUUUGGGUGUUGAUUUUUCUAUUCCUAGACCUUUUAAAGCACAGUGGACAUUUCUUGCCCUUGGCCUGAGAUUAGACCUUUGUGAAAGAUAACUGAAUGUAGCUCUCCUUAUUUGUUAUGAGCACUGCUCGUUAUUUUUAUAUACAUUUGCGCCUGCACCUGGUUCCUUUGACCUAUGGAAUCUUUUGAAACAUGAAGAGAAGAAAUUUCAGUGUUUCCUUUGAGAUCUGUUUGAUUUACCUCUGAGUUGUAUUCACUGGGAUUCGCCAUGUCAUGUUACUUCCUGGGUGUUCAGACAGAAUGUUAGCUUUUCUCCAGUUGUUCACAAUUCACUGUGCGGUGUACAGUAGCUACAGAGCUGAUCCUCACUCUGUCAUUUCUUCUUUUCCUGGUUGAACUUUCUCGUAUCAGACUUGGACAAGGGGUUUUUCUUAAAAUGUUAAUGUACUGCGAGACAGGGCCAUCUCUUUACAAUUGUCUACAUGAAGCUUGAAAAUUUCCGAGAAAAGCUGUGAAUCACAAACAGUUUUAUUUUUAUCCUCUGCUUGUUGGAAAUUCCUGGGGAACUCCUGGAGUGUCAUUUCUGAGGGCAAAAAGCCUCAAAAUAGCUGUAUUUAUACAAGUGCUUUGUAGCUAACACAAUUUAUUAUCCAAACUUGAAUCUAAGAGUCGAGUUGAUAUACACAGAAAGGAAAUUGUCUAGGAAAAUAGCUGCAGAUUAAACUUUCCGUUUUACCAGAACAAAAAUAAAAAGAAUAAGUAGAAUGAUGUUUCAACUCAACAGCAUAUAGAAACCCAUCUAUACAAUGACCAAAAAACAAAAAAAUUCCUCCAUCACGAUUCUGGCAGAGAUAAAACCUUCACGGGGUGUCCCCUGAUGGCCAAAAGCAAUGGGUUUCUUUAAAAAAAAACAUAAAAAGAAAGAGCUGUUCCAGAGCACAAGAAGCAGUUGUCAUGAAAGAUGCCAAUGACUGGAAAACCAAAGUGGCAAGAGAGAGAAAAAACAAAAACAAAACAAAACAAACCAUUCCUGCAUAAUUUUCAAAUAGAAAAUGUUAUUUAUUUAAAGAACACUGUGAAUGGUCUCAAGCAAAGCAAGAACUGCAGAUCAGGAAGUAUGACAAAACUUUUAUUUAUUAAGAUGGGAUAGCUAGAAAAGUAGAAAGUGGACCAAAAUUCCUCCUGGUCAGCUUGGUUGAGCUAUUUGCAUCUCUAAGACACAGGAUUUUAAGGACUAAGAGUAGGAAGGACCUACAGGAAGCAGCUUCAUGACCUCAAAUGACUCAUGACUGAGCUAUUCAAAAGCAAGAAACCCUGGUGGCAUAGUGGUUAAGAGCUUCAGCUGCUAACCAAAGCUCCAGGGGCUUCUUGGAAACCCUAUGGGGCAGUUCUGCUCUGUCCUGUAGGGUUGCUGUGCGUCAAAAUUAACUUGACAGCAAUGGGUUUGGUUUACUGGGUUUAUUCAAAAGCAGGAGUUCAACUGCCCUCUCAUUACAGGCUCCCAUAAGUGGGACAGCACAGCCCAGCCCCGCUCUGGUGUUCUGUUGCAUUGGCAGCCCCACAGUUCUUUCUUUGUAGAUCUCCUGCCCAUAGGACCAUACUGUGUUUGUCAACAGUGCACACAUUACAGGUGAAGUGGGACUGACCUCCAGGGGCAGGCAUUGAGAUGGUUCUGCAAGUGUUAGAAUGGGGGCUAGGAACUCAAGUUGAUAAAGUUCCAAAAAUCUUUCUAUGUGUCUAGGGAAUGAAACCAAGAGACCCAAGGUAUUGGCUGCAAAGGAUUUUUUUUUUGGCAAAAGGCAUUUGUAGACAGAUGACCAACACCUUUUGGGAAGAGCUUCCUAGGUGGUCAAAGGUAACCCCAGUGAUUUUUAAAAGGUUUGGUGAGAAGUAGCUCAAAUCCAAGUGUGUAGGGCCACAGGGAUGUCGAUGUGCAAAUGAGAACAUAGCUAGCCAAGGGAGUCCUGCUCUUGCUGUGAGACAUUUUCAGUUCGUUCUCCAUUUGUAUCCUCAACAUCUCAGACAUAAUGGAGACUCAUUUCUGAAACGGAAGAAGUAUCUCAACUAAAAUGACGGUGAGUCUUACACAGCAGGCUGCCUCCUAUGGGUAACAUGAGACUUUGUGUCGGGUGUCAUUUUGUGGGGGAGGCAAAAGAGCAUUAUUAAGGCAGCAGAUGAGAGCAUUUUCUGUGAAGUGGGUGGGUGACCUGGUGCAUGGAGCAAGUUGGGAGUGUUAGAAUGUGGCCGUGGUUUCUGUGCAGAGCUGGAGACCACUGCCCUAAAGGUGCCUCCGGUCCAUAUAUUAGGGUCGCCCAGAGUGACACCCGCUGUGCAGUCAGUCACCUGUGCUCACUUAUGUUAAAACUCAGUCCAUUCAAAAUAAAAAGCAAAUGGAAGGGCUGGGGGAAGGGCUCCCUUUUGCCAUGGAGCCUGCACACAUACUCACAGACAUCCGUGUACAUGUGCGUUUGUGUGUGUGAGCACUGAAGAGCCAGAGAAUAAGAUAUUUAGUGGGAAUCCACAGUGACUUUCAAUUACUCUCAGAUUUGUCAUGGACGCUAUUCAGUUUGAUGGAAUUCCACUGAUGUUUGAUCUGGUCUAAACAUUUCCUGCUGAUUAGACAUCAUGGGUUAUAUCACUUUGUCUUCCAACUAGUGACUUUAAACUAAUAGGCACCAUGCCCCAAAAUAUCUAAACUAAAAUGUAGGAAAAAAUACACUAUUUAGCCUUGAAAUCCAGUUCCUUGAUGGACAUGCAUUUGCCCGAAUUUUCCAGGGUUUUGUGGCCGAGGUAUCCAAAUUAUUGGUCUGAGUAAAUAGUCUGAACUAAAGCACAUUUAUGAAGUCCCUUCCUUUUCCAUAAGAACAGAACAUCUAGACUCUUCCAGAGGCAACACCGGCCUCUUGAGAGGACGCCAGGCUGUCAGCUGUGGUCUCAUGGUGAGAGGUUCAGACGUGACAUGGGGACCACACUACCUGAGCCACUUGAGAUGUGAGAUGAUGGCUCCCAAGGUCCUUAUAUUCUGCUUUAAAGGCCAGAACAGAGGGAUGGAGAAGCAACUGGCACAUGAGAAAACCAGAGCUUAAACACACAGGUGUGUGGCAUUUGAGAGAAAGCAAACAGAAGACGGUCGAAGUUUCCCCCAGAAGAAUGCCACCUAGCAAGCACCAGAAAACUGUGUACUGAGAAGAGAAAACUGAUUUCCCAGCUGUUUUAUACUGCACACUGACCAGGGUAAGUUCCAGAAAGUUUCUUUUUGAAAGCACCAAUGCAGGUGAAAAGACGGAUUAUUUUGUUGGCCCAUCUGUACCUUGAUAAUUUCUAAGCUUUGGAAAGGCUGCCUUGGUGCAUUUUGAUCAGCACCCUGGCUUAACUCUUAGAAAGGCGUCUUCCCAAGUUGGAAUGCUGGGACCACAGUAAGGCUGUGUCCAACAGGGGAGAACCACUCAGUCCAGCAGCAACCACCAGAGGGCAGUUUUCACUUGAACCCUACAUAACAUUGGGACCGUUGUGUUUUCUACUCUAAUCAUCUAAAAAACGGCCCCAGGUCUCCACUUCAGUCUCUGUAUUGACACAACAAAGGGUUUAUAAACUCGACAACCAUCCCCUCCAUUAAAAGUAUACAUGCAUAACGGAAUGCCUAUCAUCUGGUACGUACAGGGACAGAGUGGACGGUGGAAAAGUGAUGCUAAAAUAUGGAUAGCAGAUAUUUUUGUAUGUAAUAUAGGAAAUAUACUGAGAUACUGAAAGAUGUAUUGGAAUAAGUACAUUUUAAAAUUAAAGCAUGCAAAGCUGUAGCUUUUAAGUGUACAGACAUCCCACUCACGAAUAUCUUCAGCGAUGGGAAAACCAUCGCGACGUAACAUCGUGAAAUGCACUGAUUUUGGAACUCUGACCUGGGAAGGACAUGGCUCGUGUUGGAAUUGUUGCUGGAACUGCCAAGACAUUCUGAUCAUCUUAUUCUUCAUGACUUUUGGAUGGUCCCUUUUCUUUUUUGGAAAAUAGUUCAGAAAUAAAGUGACUUCCUUUUUGCAGCAUAAAGGCAUAUUCUAACCACAGGGUAACAUCAUUUUUAACAUGAAAAUAAACAUUUCAACAUGCUUCAAUUGUUUCAUUAUUUUAUCCACACAAUUCCUUUUUAAUUUCAGCAUCUGCAUGAUUUGACUAUUUUUACGUAUUUUUUCUUUUCAGCCAGAGAUUUUAACACUUUCCUUCAGUAAUAAACGGAAUUAAUAAAUGGAAGCCAAAAGAAAAAGUUGACUUAAAGCUGCCAGGAACUUUUCCCUGUAAAAGCCUUCUCAUUUGUCCCCCUAGGAGGCUGGGUAAAACUUCUUUCUGAUGUCUCAGGACGAGGGUCUCGUGUUCCUCAGUGCCCUGCCCAGGGCCAAACUGUCUCAAAACUCAGAGCUGAAUGCAUGAUGUAGUGGCUCUUGACAGCCCUCGACCUCCCCCCUCUUUUGGUCUUUCCUUGUUCAUGGCUUGG